GCCGUAUCUAUAAUGGCGGAACGCGGGGACACAGAGGCGGAGAGAUAUACCACCGAUAUUCGGAUGGCACAGCAGCAACAAGCUUUGCGUUUUCGUGGCCCAACGCCUCCACCCAGUCCGGUCAUGAGGGGCCCGCCACCUCUUCUUCGUCCACCUCCUCCCUUUGCAAUGAUGCGUGGGCCUCCUCCACCUCCACGCCCUCCUUUUGGUCGUCCUCCUUUUGAUCCUAGCAUGCCACCAAUACCUCCCCUAAGUGGAAUCCCUCCACCUAUUGCUCCUCCUCACCUACAGAGGCCGCCUUUCAUGCCUCCGCAUAUAGGAAGUAUGCCUCCUCCUGGAAUGUUGUUUCCCCCUGGGAUGCCGCCUGUUUCAACACCUGCAACAACUCCUACUCCCAGUCAAAGCCCUACACCUACACAAGCACCAACAUUGACCCCAAAUGAGGAGAUAUGGGUAGAGAACAAGACUCCAGAUGGGAAGGUGUAUUAUUAUAAUGCCCGGACUCGGGAGUCUGCAUGGUCAAAACCAGAUGGUGUGAAGGUCAUCCAACAGUCAGAACUGACUCCAUUGAUGGCAGCCCAGGCACAGGCCCAGGUUCAAGCAGCCCAGGCACAAGCCCAAGCUCAGGCUCAAGUACAGGUAGCACAGGCUCAAGCCCAGGCAGCUCAAGCUCAGGUUGCUCAUUCACAGCCUAUCCAUUCUCAGAGUGUAACAGGUGCCAUGCCUGUAACUGUGUCUUCGAUCAGCGUUGCCACAUCUCUGCCAACCGUGUCUUCAGUGCAAAGCUUGUCAGCACAGUUAUCCCAAGUUCUGCCUCAUACAGUUUCGCAUGCAGUUCCACAGCCCACAGCAGCAAUCACAGCAUUUCCUCCAGUCAUGGUACCUCCAUUUCGUGUUCCCCUUCCUGGCAUGCCCAUACCAUUACCAGGUGUCUUGCCCGGCAUUGCCCCGCCGAUUGUACCAAUGAUACAUCCCCAAGUGGCUCUCGCUGCUUCUCCUGCAACUUUAGCUGGAGCCACCAUAUUGUCAGAAUGGUCAGAAUAUAAAACAGCCGACGGAAAGACAUAUUAUUACAAUAACAGGACUUUGGAAUCAACGUGGGAUAAACCGCAGGAACUCAAAGAAAAAGAUAAAGAGGUUGAAAAGGUAAAAGAAUCGACAAAACCAGAAGCCGUUAUUAAGGAAGAGCCUCAAGCAAUGGAUACAGAAGAAGAAAUACUAAAGGAAGAACCUCCCAAGGAGAUAAAGGAGGAGCCAAAAGAGGAGGAGAUGACGGAGGAAGAAAAGGCAGCUCAAAAAGCCCGGCCAGUGGCUACUACACCAAUCCCUGGCACUCCAUGGUGCAUUGUGUGGACUGGUGAUGAACGGGUGUUUUUCUACAAUCCCACCACUCGGCUUUCCAUGUGGGACCGACCAGAAGACCUUAUUGGAAGGGCUGAUGUAGACAAAAUCAUUCAGGAGCCUCCGCAUAAAAGAGGAAUGGAGGAUGGCAAGAAAUAUUACAAAGAAGAUCAAGACUCUGCUGAAGAUGCAAAUGACGAUGAGCCUAUAAAAGCAAAGAAGAGAAAGAAGGAUGACCCAGAGGCUGAUAAGGAAACUGCGAUGGAGGCCGAAAUAAAAGCUGCUCGUGAAAGAGCAAUUGUUCCCCUGGAUUCUCGAAUGAAACAGUUUAGAGAUAUGCUGCUGGAG